AUGAUAAUAAGAGACGAACCAAAGAGAGACGAAGUAGGCCAGAACCCAGAUACCUACGACAGAUACUCGCCAUCGAGACGUAGCUCAUCGUAUGCGGACUACCCGCCACCACCCCCACCCCCUCCCUCGGGAUACGGUAGCGGUGGCUACAGCAGCAGCUAUGGCAGCGGCAGCGGCUACGGCGGUUACGGUGGGGGAUAUGGCGGCGGCUACGGUGGUGGCGGCGGCGGUGGCUACGGCGACUAUGGUGGUGGCGGCGACCGUCGCUAUCCAUCGAGAUACAGCAGUGCAGGAGGUGGCGGCUAUGGUGGUGCCACCGGUGGGGGAUACAGAGAUAGAGACUACAGGGACUCGAGAGACUAUGGUGGAUAUAGUCGCGACCCAUACAGAGAUGGCGGAUACGGUGGUGGAUACGACCGUCGCGGCUACGGCAGUGGCGGUGGCGGUGGCGGCUACGGUGGCGGUGGCUAUGGAGGAGGCUACGGCAUGGGUGGUAGGGACAGAGGUAGCCCCUACAGAAGACCACCCAAGAAGGAGAACCACAUCAUGGACCCAGAGGAGAGAGAGAAGAGCAAGUGUCUGUUCGUUGGCAACUUGCCAUACCACUUCAACGACACUCACUUGUCGUCGCUGUUUGGUAAGUUUGGUCCAUUGGUGAAUGUCAAUGUUGGCAUCGACAAGCGCACUGGUCACAACAAGGGCUUUGCCUUCAUCGAGUUUGAGAACAAGGCCGACGCCGAAGAGGCCUACAAGACCUAUACGACCACCGAUGUCCAUGGAAGACGAUUGAGACUGGACUGGGAUGUUGGAAUGGCCAAGAAGGGCAUCACCAAGACCACGCUGGCUGGCGCUCCAGGCGGCGUCGGCGACGCCUACCCACCCGUGUCGGGCACCCCCGAGCACCCCUCAUCUAUGAUUUCGCACCAGCUCUAG